AUGGAAUACAUCUAUGGCGAACCACCCCAGAGCCCUCCGCCAAGGCCAGACGCCGUCCUCGCAGACUACGACCACGACUACUACAAGAUAUGCUGGAAAUCGAACGAGGCGGGCGUGGUUGUUAUACCACCAGGUCUCAUUAGGAAGGACGACCUAGCCAAACUCUACCCCGACGUCGUGAACGUAUGGAAUCCCGUGAAAAAAGAGGCGGCGAAAAUUGAGAAGAACUUCUUCCAAUUCUGCUGCGAGUUCUACGGGCGCCUACCCGACGGCACAAAGUAUAUGGCGAAGAAAAAGAACGACCGCGGCGUCGACUGCAACCAGAGCCUUAGGCCGGGAAUGCGCCAGCACUGGGGUGAGGUUAAGAAAUGCGCGACUCAUCCACAGACACAGCACAGUACGCAUGUUUGUAAGGGCUGCCGCGUGAGUCACUAUGAGCAAGUAAGUGCUACUUUCGAUCGCGGAGUCCUCAUGGCGCAGGGUGCGCGCGUGUUGGUAUGUAGAGAAUGCAUACGCAAGGCGAAGAGGAAGAGGGGAAACCACAAUUGUAUCUGUGACACGUUAUGGAUGUGCUUUCGGUGCCGGGAAGCGGAGUUGAAGGAGUUGGCGGGGGCGAGGAAGGAGUAUGUUGAAGGAUUUUGUGGGAAGUGCCGGCAGACAGGCAAUCUUGUCGAUAAGCACGAGAUUUGCCUACACUGUGACGGGUGGAGGAGUUAUGCCGGCGAUCACGAGGACUUGUGUGAUACUGAGGAACAAGAGGUGGAAGAUGGAGACGAAGUGGUGGAAGAUGGAGAAAAACAAGGUGGAUGA